GAGGGCAACAAUCCCAUAUAUGAAGCACAAUUUAAGCCCAACAUCACUGACCAAUCAAAAUUAGUGAAUGCACUGCAUCUCUCUGCAGUGAGGAGAAGCGACAAGGUAGGCUGUCAUUCUGCACAAGCUGCCCAUCGCAAGCUUUCCUCUCAGAAGCACGGCUCCUCUUUUUUAGAAAGCGUGAAUCUCAGUGGUGUCUCUGGAGACAAGAAGCCUUCAGUAUGUUAAAUUACUUUCAUUAUGUAUUUUCAGAUGCUUAUUGAUUCUACCGUAGGAAGAGUGGGAGACUGCAGCAGCCUGUAAACCAGAACUAAAGCAAUUGUAUACAUUAGCAGUAUGCUGAAACAAUGGCACAGUACAGGCACAAAUUUUCAUUAAGGUCAUUUUUUGAAGAUAUGCUUAUUACCCUCUUUCCCUUCUACUCUGCUAACAAGUGAACAAAAUGAAUCCCUCCAACCUGGAACUGCUUCACCUGCAUGGAGAAUUUACCAAAUCUUUAGUGGAGGAGAAAAGCCAGCCGCAACAAAAGAAUGUGUUUGUCCCCCAUUCUGGAAGUCAACAUGCAGUCCGAAUCUAACAUUACAGUUCGAGAUGCCAUUGAUGACAUCGACACCAACAUGUACCAACCACUGUCAUAUCCAUUAAGCUUUCAAGUUUCUCUCACCGGAUUUUUGAUGUUAGAAAUUGUUUUGGGACUUGGCAGCAAUCUCACCGUUCUGGUACUUUACUGUAUGAAAUCCAACUUAAUCAAUUCUGUCAGUAACAUAAUUACAAUGAACCUUCAUGUACUUGAUGUAAUAAUUUGUGUGGGAUGUAUUCCUCUAACUAUAGUUAUCCUUCUGCUUUCACUGGAGAGUAACACUGCUCUCAUCUGCUGCUUCCAUGAGGCUUGUGUCUCUUUUGCAAGCGUUUCAACUGCAAUCAACGUCUUCGCUAUCACCCUGGACCGAUACGACAUCUCCGUAAAACCUGCUAAUCGGAUCCUGACCAUGGGAAGGGCUGUGAUAUUAAUGACAUCAAUAUGGAUCAUUUCACUUUUUUCCUUCCUGAUUCCUUUCAUUGAAGUCAACUUUUUCAGUCUUCAAAGUGCAAGUACUUGGGAAAAUAAGACACUUCUGUGUGUGAGUACAAACGAAUACCACACUGAACUAGGAAUGUACUACCACAUUCUCGUUCAGAUUCCAAUAUUUUUCUUCACUGUUAUAGUAAUGCUAAUUACAUACACCAAAAUACUCCAGGCCCUAAAUAUUCGGAUUGGUACAAGAUUUACAACAGGACAAAAGAAGAAAAACAGAAAGAAAAAAACUAUUUCUUUGACCACUCAGCACGAGACUACGGAUGUGUCCCACAGCAGUGGAGGAAAAAACGUCGUGUUUGGUGUAAGGACUUCUGUGUCUGUCAUAAUUGCCCUACGCCGAGCUGUCAAACGGCACCGGGAGCGACGAGAACGGCAAAAGAGAGUCUUCAGAAUGUCCCUUCUGAUUAUCUCAACAUUCCUUCUCUGCUGGACACCCAUCUCAGUUUUAAACACCACUAUCUUAUGUUUGGGCCCAAGUGACCUUUUGGUAAAGUUGAGAUUAUGUUUUCUAGUAAUGGCAUAUGGAACAACUAUAUUUCACCCUCUACUUUACGCAUUCACGAGGCAAAAGUUUCAGAAAGUUCUGAAAAGUAAGAUGAAAAAGCGAGUUGUUUCAAUAGUGGAAGCAGAUCCCAUGCCAAAUAACGCUGUAAUACACAACUCAUGGAUAGAGCCUAAAAGGAACAAAAAGAUUACCUUUGAAGACAGCGAAGUAAGGCAGAAAUGUUUAGUACCUCAGGUUGUCACUGACUAGAUUUCAGUAUUCACCAAAACACAUCAAACGGAAUAUUUGAACAAAUUGUAAAAAAAUACUGCCAAAUAAGAAAAACUUUUUUAACUAUUGGCGAGACUGUAUAUUUUCAAUAUAUAUGUUAAAUAGAGUAGGUCUUGUAUAUUCAAGUUCUUCAUUAUGUAAGAUAUAUGUUGCAUGGCUGUUUGUUAGCGUAACACCAUGUGUAUAUUUGUCAAAAAUAUUCAAGUCCUCUUUUUUUAGCAAAUAAAUAGCCUUAAAGAAGUGCAAACUUUUAAAAAUAUUUGUAUGGCUCAGUUUCUCUGUAAAUAUAAAAGAAUUUUUAAGCACAAAUUGCACUUGGGAAUACUUUCCUGUAGCACAAAUUCACCAUUUUGUAAGAUACGGUGUUUUUAAAUUUAAUUCAUGAACAGUAUUGAUCAUAGGUAUUGUGAAUAUUAUGCAGCUACAACUUGUAUGCAUUUUGACCUCAUAUUUAGAUAUCUCACUUAUUUCAAUCUUCUCCAGCAUGCAACUACCAUGCACAGAAAAAGCCAUUUAUGUUACGUCCUUCAGUGAGUGGUUCAGAAACUUUUUGUACGGGAAAAAGAAUUCAUGCUGGUCCAAAAGUUGACAGUAUCCUUAAGAAAAGAAAAAAGUUUUGCAUAUACAAUCUCAGAUCCACAAUUUCUACAUAGAAAAUACACAACUUUGAAUAAUUGCAAAGGACAGGGUAGGAGUGAAAGGCUAAAUGAAGGAAAAAAGCAUGGACGAGAAAAUUAUUUGGCUGAUGCUAGAAGACAACCAAUCAACAGAGUCAAUCCUGUGCAAAGGCUUUGAUUUUUCACACUGACCUCUAGUAUGACAGAAGGACCUUUCAUACAGAAAUUUUUCAUUCAUACCACCUAUUUACAUAGAAAUGAUUAUUAAAUGCCACAGCUGAAGUAUAAGAUAACUUUUCUUGCCCUUGAUAACUUCAUUAUUUUCCAGUGUACUCAAUACUAGCCAUGCAAUUGCCUUGUCACAAACCAAUCACCAAUGCUAGCUAUCGUAUUCCUGCAUUUCCUGGGCAGCCAUGGCAUACCUUUGUUCUACUUUUGUCUGCUUCAAUUUCAUCUUAAACCUGCAUUAGAGAAGCAAGAAGCCUUAGGAAGUUAUCAUCAUUAGUAGCAUUGUAAGAAAGAAUUAAGAUAUUCAUCCAAACAUAAGUUUGUCAAGUUGUCUGCACCAUGCCAUGCUUAAAAAUUUCUUAAUUUCAAUGAAACAGUAGCAGGGAGGGGGAAACAAAACAAAAAGCUGCAAAAUCAAUGAGCAUAAUUCCACUCUCAUUGUUACAUAAACUGAUCAGUGUGUCACCAGCUACCAGUAUAUUUAAAAUUCUAAUUCUCAAUAACUAUUAUCUUAUAUAAAAAAGCAGAUCAUACCCUUGAAUAUGAGAGCUAGAUUAACUAAAGUAUUACAUAAAAAACUUGGAUUUCUAAAGCACUUUCCUGAAGUUGUGUAUAAAAAAAGGGCAGUUUUAAGGGAACAAAAGCUCUUUUCCAGUACAUCGCUGAAUUAUUAAUCAUAUGUGUAUUGCCAAAACUGGUUUUAUGCUCAAAAAAAAAAUAUUUGUAAUGUACCUUAGUUUACUUGGGCUCAGGCCUUAAGCUUAUCAGAACAGAAGACUCAAAAUAUAAUACUACAGCUCCAUAUUCUACAUAGAAUAGGCAUUUAAAAUCAUCCAAGUUCUACCUAGAAAUGUUAUUAUCUGAUUGAUAAUAACUAAUUAUGUGAAAAUACUGUGUAACAUAUAUUCAAACAUAUUUUCAUAUUUUCACUAGCUUUUUUUGUGGAAACUAACCCAAAAAUACCUGCAUUCAAUUGUACCCAUUCAGAGCACAUUUUUUAUCCAAGUUAUCUCUGAUUUCCUACAAGAAUUGAAAUCCUACAUCUUAUUUGAGAGGUUGUAGAGAGCAAGUAAAUGCAGUAAGCUUUUUUUUUUAAUCCCAUAUCCUCCACAUUUAUCACUUAAAAAUAUUCUUUUGGGAAUAACUUCUGAAAAGAAACGCACCCAAAAUAUUUAAGCAGAAACUAUUAUUUUUUCUUUUUUUUAC